AUGGCGAGCGUGGUGGUGAAGACGAUCUGGCAGUCCAAAGAGAUCCAUGAGGCUGGGGACCCCCCCGCGGGGGUCGAGAGUCGCUCCCAGCUGGUCCCCGAGGCUCCUGGGGGUGUGACCAGCCCAGUCAAAGGGAUCUCAAAGAAAAAGAAGGCUGUGUCCUUCCACGGGGUGGAGCCUCGGAUGUCCUAUGAGCCAAUGCACUGCUGCCUGAACCUCAAACGGUCCUCAGCCUGCACCAAUGUGUCCCUGCUCAACCUGGCCACCAUGGAGCUCACCGACUCCUCGGGGACAGACUCAACCGUGGAAGACAGCAGCCUGAUGGCAUUGCCCGUGCCCAUCCCACCCUGGGCUCCAGAUGACCCAGACAUCACGGAAAUACUGAGCUGGGUUAACAGUGGAUUGGUCCACGCCAAAGAUUCCAUCACCAGCUUGAAGGAAAAGACCACCCGGGUUAACCAGCACGUGCACACGCUGCAGAGUGAGUGUUCUGUGCUGAGUGAGAAUCUAGAGAGGAGGCGGCAAGAGGCGGAAGAACUAGAAGGGUACUGUAGUCAACUCAAGGAGAACUGCCGGAAGGUGACCCGGUCGGUGGAAGAUGCUGAAAUAAAAACCAACGUCCUGAAGCAGAACUCUGCCCUGCUGGAGGAGAAGCUGCGCUACCUCCAGAUGCAGGAUGAGACGCCCAGGAGGCAGGAGGCUGAGCUGCAGGGGCUGGAGGCUGGCCUCUCCCGCCACGGCCUGGGCCUCGCCACCCAGCCCCCAGGCUGCUCCAGCCCGCCAGGGAGCCCCGACGGAUCACCACGACGGCGAGGCCUGGCCCCAGGCGGCUGGGGAAUGGGGCCCCGGGCAGGGGAGGGCCCCAUCGUGAGCGAGCAGGAGUUGCAGAAGGUCUCUGCCUACCUUGAGGAGCUGAGGAGGGAGGUGUCCUCACUGACCGCCCGGUGGCAUCAGGAGGAGGGGGCCGUGCAGGAGGCCCUACGGCUGCUCGGGGGCCUAGGCGGCAGGAUCGACAGCUUCCUGGGCCAGUGGGAGCGAGCGCAGCGCGAGCAGGCUCAGGCCGCGCGGGGCCUGCAAGAGCUGCGGGGCCGUACGGAAGAGCUGUGCACCAUGGUGGAGCGGUCAGCAGUGUCUGUGGCUUCACUGAGGAGCGAACUGGAGGCGCUGAGCCCAGUGAAACCGAUUCUGGAGGAGCUUGGGCGGCACUUUCAGAGCUCUCGUAGAGGGUCUGACCUCUCUAUGAACCUGGAUCGGGCCCCCCAAGGCUCCUGUGCCCGCUGUGCCAGCCAGGGACAGCAGUUGUCCACGGAGUUCUUGCAGCAGCUGCUGGAGCGAGCGCUGACCCCGCUAGUGGACGAGGUGAAGCAGAAGGGCCUGGUUCCUGCCUGCCCCAGCUGCCAGAGGCUACACAAGAAGAUUCUGGAGCUGGAGCGCCAGGCCUUGGCCAAACAUGUCAGGGCAGAGGCCCUGAGCUCCACCCUUCGGCUGGCCCAAGACGAAGCCUUGCGGGCCAAGAACCUGCUGCUGACGGACAAGAUGAAGCCAGAGGAGAAGGUGGCCGCUCUGGACUAUCUACACUUGAAGAUGUGCUCUCUCCACGAUCAACUCAGCAACCUGCCACUCGAGGGGUCCAUGGGGACAAUGGGGAGAGGAAAUGAUGGGGGAACUCCCCCAAAACGUGGGGGCCCAACCCCUGAGCAAUAAAUGGCCCCUCAUGCUGGCAUGAAUUCCAUCUCCUUUUCGGCACCAGAAGAGGGCCAGUAAAAUUGCACACGCGCCAUGCACCAGCCUCUGUGCUCACUAUGACUUGGUCCUCAGCCAACAGGGUGUCGAUGGUGGUACAGUUCUUUAGUUUCUUGGGUUUUUGUUGUCUUUUAUUAUUUAUUUAUUUAUUUGCUUUUUUUAUUUGGCUGCACCGGGUCUUAGUUGCUGCUUACAGGAUCUUUUAGUUGCGGCAUGCAGGAUCUUUGUUGCGGCAUGCGGGAUCUAGUUCCCUGACCAGGGAUCGAACCCAGGCCCCCUGCAUUGGGGGCUCAGAGUCUUAACCACUGGACCACCAGGGAAGUCCAGUACAGUUCUUUGAAAAGGAGGCAGGGGGUAGAAAUAAGGUUCUGUGGUGCAGUUUGAGCCUGUCAAGCCAACAUUUUUUAGGAUGACUUUUACUAGAUAAUGAUAUUGUCUACGACUGUGUAAAAAAACUACCCUCCCCUCCAAAAAACUUAGCUGCUUAUAACAUAUUAUCUUACAUUUCUGAGGGUCAGGAAUCUGGGAGUGGCAUAGCUGGAUGGUACAGGCUCAGGGUCCUCAAGAGUUUUCGGUCAGGAUAUCAGCUGGGGCUGCUGUCACCUGAAGGCUUGCCUGGGGCUGGAUGUUAUACUUCCAAGAUGGCGUAUUCACAUGGCUUUUGGUUGGAGGCCUCAGUUUCUCUUGGCAGCUAACUUCCCCCAGGGCAAGCAGUCUAAGAACAAGCAGGAAGCUAAGAUGCCUUUAAUGACCUAGUCUUCGAAGUUGCAUACCAUCAUUUUCUCUUUUUAUAUUCACUAGAACUGAGUCACUAAGUCCAGAUCAUACUCACAGGGUGUGUCAAAGAAUUUGCAGACAUAUUUUUAAGAGAAUGUCAAUUUGUGUAUAUAUUUUAAACCACCACACUAAUACUAUUUUUAAAUGUACAGUUGAAAUAUAAACAGAAAAGUUCACAAGUUAAAAGUGAACAGCUUAGGGCUUCCCUGGUGGCGCAGUGGUUGAGAGUCUGCCUGACAAUGCAGAGGACACAGGUUCGUGCCCCGGUCCAGGAAGAUCACACAUGCCGCAGAGCGGCUAGGCCUGUGAGCCAUGGCCGUUGAGCCUGCGCGUCCGGAGCCUGUGCUCCGCAACGGGAGAGGCCACA